AUGGCACGUAUCUCCUGCCUCGAGGAGGAGGCCCGUCAGCAGAGACAAACUCUGUCCAAAACUGAGGCUGAGAAGAGACAGCUUCAGGAGAAACACACCGACCUGGAGAAGGAGAAGUCUAACAAGGAGAUCGAUCUGACCUACCAGCUGAAGGUGCUGCAGCAGGAGCUGGAGCAGGAGGAGGCCUCUCAUAAGACCACCAGGGCCAUGCUGGCAGACAAGAGCAAGAUCAAAGUGACCAUCGAGGGCGCCAAGUCAGAGUCCAUGAAGGAGAUGGAGCAGAAGCUGGCGGAGGAGCGAGCGGCUAAGAUUCGUCUGGAGAACCGGAUCCUGGAUCUGGAGAAGCACAGCAGCAUGAUGGACUGUGACUACAAGCAGGCUCUGCAGAAGCUGGACGAGCUGCGCAGACACAAGGACCGGCUCACUGAGGAGGUGAAGAACCUGACGCUGAAGAUCGAGCAGGAGACCCAGAAGCGGAGCCUGACCCAGAAUGACCUGAAGGCUCAGAACCAGCAGCUGAACUCUCUGCGAUCCUCCGAGAAGCAGCUCAAGCAGGAAAUGAACCACCUGCUGGACAUCAAACGCAGCCUGGAGAAACAGAACCAGGAGCUGCGCAAAGAAAGACAGGACACAGACGGGCAAAUGAAGGAGUUACAGGACCAGUUGGAAGCCGAGCAGUAUUUCUCUACCCUGUAUAAGACCCAGGUUCGGGAACUAAAGGAGGAUUGUGAGGAGAGGAACAAACUCUACAAAGACGUGCAGCAGUCUCUGCAGGAGCUACAGGAGGAGAGGGAUUCGUUGGCUGCUCAGCUGGAGAUCACCCUGACGAAGGCGGACUCGGAGCAGCUUGCGCGCUCCAUCGCUGAGGAGCAGUACUCGGACCUGGAGAAGGAGAAGAUCAUGAAGGAGCUGGAGCUGAAGGAGAUGAUGGCCCGCCAUCGCCAGGAGCUCUCAGACAAGGACAUCACCAUCAAUUCUCUGGAGGAAGCCAACCGGACUCUGACCAGUGAUGUCGCCAACCUAGCCAAUGAGAAGGAGGAGCUGAACAACAAGCUGAGCGAGGCAAUAGAAGAAUCAGAGAAGUCGAAGGAUUGGGAGCAGCAGAUCAGCCAGAUGAAGCAGGCCUUUGAGAAGCAGCUGCAGUCAGAGAAGACGCUGAAAACUCAGGCCGUCAAUAAGCUGGCAGAGAUCAUGAACAGGAAGGACCGUGGCGGAGGCAGUCGCCGUGGUAAUGACACAGACUUGAAGAGGAAGGAGAAGGAGAACAGGAAGCUGCAGCUGGAGCUGAGGUCGGAGAAGGAAAAACUCAACAGCAGCAUCAUCAAGUACCAGAGGGAGAUCAACGAGAUGCAGGCGCAACUGUCAGAGGAGAGUCAGAUGCGUAUCGAGCUGCAGAUGGCUCUGGACAGUAAAGACAGCGACAUCGAGCAGCUGAGGAACCUCAUGCAGACGCUCAGUGUUCAGUCCAUGGACUCGGCCAGCGUCUGCAGCGGGCCGGACUUUGAUACCGAUGAUGCGUACGGAGAAACGAGGCUGGAGGGCUGGCUCUCCCUCCCUGUGAGGAACAACACCAAGAAGUUUGGCUGGGAGAGGAAGUAUGUCGUCGUGAGCAGCAAGAAGAUCCUCUUCUACAACAACGAGCUGGACAAGGAGCACUCCAUCCCCUACAUGGUGCUGGAUAUAGACAAACUCUUCCAUGUGAGGCCUGUCACUCAAACAGACGUGUACCGUGCUGACGCCAAAGAGAUCCCGAGGAUAUUCCAGAUUCUUUAUGCCAAUGAGGGCGAGAGCAAAAAGGAGGCCGAGGACCCGCUGCCCAGCGGAGAGAAGUCCAGCUACAUCUGCCACAAGGGCCACGAGUUCAUCCCCACCCUCUACCACUUCCCCACCAACUGUGAGGCGUGCACCAAGCCGCUGUGGAACAUGUUCAAACCCCCCCCCGCCCUGGAGUGCCGGCGCUGCCACAUCAAGUGCCACAAAGACCACAUGGACAAGAAGGAGGAGAUCAUCGCUCCGUGCAAAGUGCACUACGACGUGUCCUCAGCCAAGAACCUGCUGCUGCUGGCCCUGACGCAGGAGGAGCAGCAGAAGUGGGUGAGCCGACUGGUCAAGAAGAUUCCCAAGAAGCCCCCCCCACCUGAGCAGUUUGCACGCUCCUCGCCACGCGCCUCCAUGAAGGUCCAGCCCAGCCAGUCCAUGAGGAGGCCCAGCCGACAGCUCCCCAUCAGCAAGAGCAGCCCUCGCAGGUCAAAUGGCUUCAAAUUGAAACGAGAGGACACCCAGAGUACACAGUGGUACAGCUGACGACUUCUCCCCCCUCCUUUGCCCAGACGUUUCCCUGUAAAAGACUCAAUCCCUGAAUGUGUGUAUGUGUGUUUACAACCAAAAGGUGUCUUUUUGCACUUAACUGUUGAGACACAGUCCUGGUUGUCAGUGUGGUGCUGGUGGAGGGCUAUGUCCACAUGUUGGGCCCAGUGCAUGCUGUCAGGGUCAC